AUUUCAACAAUCAUCUUGCAAAGUUCUUUGUCAUACUGGUCAUGUGUAACAUAAUCACCUGCAACUUUUUUAGAUUGAAGUAAGAAUACGCAUUUAACGGUGCACAUCAACCAGAGCUUUUGCACCCAGAUUUUUGUUACAGACAUUUUAGUAUCUCCAAAACUAUAGUGAACUGAGAGAAAAGCUCCUAAUAAUACCAUAAGUUAAGUCUUAUGAACGAGGUCCCAGCUGUGUCCAUUGAGGCCCUAACGAAAUUUAUAAUUAAGCUUAUGAAAGCAUUAGCAAAGCUUAUGAGAUCAGAUCGAAUCAGCGCAUGCAUUACAUAAGAUUUUCCAAUGCUGUUCGACCAAUGCCAUGUUGUUGUUUUUUUAUAGGAACUGGCAACAAAGUUCAUAAGAUUUUCCUAUGGAUUUUAUAGCUUGGAUAUUCGCUAUUUACAAAUGUCAGCAGUGUGAAAAUAGCUUAAGACAAUUUUAUUUCACCCAAACUUUAAAAUGGCGUCGGAAGAGCAAACAUGUGGGAAGUUGUUUCCGAGUGGAGGACACGUAACGACCUUGACUUCAAGUUAAUAAUCGUAGCCGAUUCCGUAGGCUCGGUCCAGAUCAAUAGUGAAAACGAAGCGACGAGCCCAUCCCAGAGUGCAAUUUCACCGAUCGAGACGCCAGUUGGAGGCUCCGGCAAGGACGGCAUCUUGUGCCCCCCGGACAGAACGGACUCGCAAAAUUUAACACCGAUCCGGUGGAAUAAAUCCCGAGCUUCAGCGAGAGUGACGCGACGAGCUCUUCCCGGAAAACAAUUCUGUAGAGACGCCAGUUGGAGGCUCUUGCACGUCCCGGAUCGCCGGGCCGAUCUGGUGCGGAAGCGGAGAAAUCCGGGAAAGUAAAGAGGACAUCCCAGUGAACCUGCCUUGGCGCGACUCUUCGGGGACCGGUGAUGAAAACGGAUUAGAGAGCAUCGUUCUGGAGAACAUUGGCCUUCACAGUUUUCCAAUCGAAUUUAGAGCUCAAUUUGAUAUGUAUGCCAGUAUAAAACAAUAAAAAUAAAAGUCAUAAAAAACUUCUUACAAAUAUCAUAAGAAUGCUCUAUGAAAAUCACGAGUAAAAUUUACUAAUUAACACUGAUAUCCAUAAUAAAAUUAUUGUUGAAGUCAUAAAAAUCUUCGUACCAAUAUCAUAAGAUAGCUCGAUGGAAAUCUUAUGUGACGGCUUUGUCAAAUUUCCCCUCCCAGACAUAAGAAAAUCUUAUGACAUUCAAAUGAAAUCCUGAUGUCGAAUGGUCAUAAGACGUUCUUAUGGAUUUCGCCAG